CCCCUCUCCACUGCCUUCCCCGUCACUGCCUACACAACCCCAAUUCCACCUGCACUAACUGACUCACUUUCACUCACUUACCACCGCUAACCCCGACGACAUCAUCAUCACCUCGCCUGUUUCCAUUACCCGCAUCAACCCCCUCCUCUACCCGGACACCCUUCUCCCGCAAUCGCCACACCCUCGUCCAGUAACCUCAUUACCUCCGCUACGACUUCCGUUUCGUUUCACGCUCCGAGAAUCUCAUCCCGGAACACGUCUUCUUCUUCUCUUGCCCUAUCAUUUUUCUAAACCCUCUCGAGCUCAGCCGACGGUGACCGAAACAUCCUGAAAUUUAUUUAAAAGCAUCUUAUCAUCCUCUCGGCCCCCCGCUCCGCUCCUAUUACAACACCCGUCCCGCACCCUCCUUCAUCAUAUCCGCAUUUCUCGAGCAUAACAACCAUUCUCUGUCCCAUACAGCGCGUGGACGGCCCCGUGGGCCGUCACACCUACUGAAGGUGGGAGGAGUUCGCCGCACGUGAGGUGUCGGUGAAGUGUCCUUCGGAGAAUUCCAGUGAACACAAGCUGGAGCGUCCCCGUCAAAGCUCUCGCUUCUGCCUUAAGUGCCGAGAAUACCAGUCUGCUUGCUGUGAAAGGUCUUAAGCUGCUGUUCUAAGUUCGACUAGCUGAACGGCUAGCGUACUGGUCGAAAAUCCGCCUCCGUCUAUCUACCUGGCUUAGUGAUGGAUGCCCAGUACCCCUUCGCCUCCCGAGACGAUAUCUGGCGCGUCAUUGAUGAGCUGAAGGACCUGCACGAGGCACAGGCUUUUCAGGGAGACAGGAUUACGAGAUUGGAGAGACAUCAGGACGAUAAUGCGAGGAUGAAGAAUAUCUGGGGCUCAUCUCCCUCCCCGAUCCAUACUGGUAUUGAGUCUGCACCGAAUUCCCCUCCCGAGCCGUUCAAAGGCUUUGACCAAGGACAUCAACACACAGUGACCAGCUCUGCAAUCGGCGGUUACGAUGGUGAAGACGAGCCACGCCGGGGUGCCUCGCGGGCGAAUAGUGUCCGUUUCGAUGAGAGUGCAAUCCUUGGAUCCUACGGGCAGGCCAAUCGGUCUAGCACAGAGCUUCCACUGCGUACCGGCAGUGGUAUGAGCAACCAUCCAAUGAUCGAGCGAUCCCUGUCUCACCAGUCAGAUGGCCGACGAUGCUCCUCGGGGCUGUCUUUGUACUCGACCCGGACGAACAGUCUGCGUCUUGAUACUAGCAGCCGCUUAAUGAGCUCCGCUUAUGAGUGGCCCUUGACCCCACCUCCCGGACUGUUCCUGCUCGGCCCUGUCCCUUCCAUCAUCCGGUGUUGGCUGACGACCAACUUUUCUAACGAGACCCUCCUGUACGCGGCAGUUUGUUCGGGCUCUUUUGUCUCAUCAAUCGGUUCAUGUUUGGUCCGCAAGCUUGGUUUGGAGGACAAGGUCGUUCGCGACAGCGAUGAUCGCCCUUCGCUCAAGCUGGCAAUUUACCUUCCCGAGGCCAGCAUCCAACAGUCCUCAUCCCGAUCUGACAGUCCCACACCGCACCUUCCAGCGGUGACUGUUUGUUUUUUCGUGCGCGGGACAAACCCAGAGGACGAGACUAUUGAGAUUGUUCUGGGAAGUGAUGUCCUGCGCUCUCACAAUGCGGACAUCCUGUUCUCGCAGGACAGACUCAUGCUGGUUGAUGAUGAACGCAACCGGGUUUCUAUCCCCCUCGUUCGCCCGGAGAAGGACUGGGUCUUCAAGUUCCUCCACACCGCCGCCGAUGUCAGCCACCCCGAAUACCCUCAAAAGGCCCUUGUCACCAAGCAAGGCGCCGUCGGGGUGAUCGGUGAGCCCGUCCGGCCUGCGCAGCAGUCAAUUUCUGCGCCUGUCUCUACUCGUGUUUCUGUGGGUGAGGCUGACGAGGGGAAGAAGCCCCGGUUGCCAGAAACCGGCACGGCCGCCUUGGGGGUUUCGCAGCCGACAGCUGCAACACCAGCUGGGCCUUCCGGGGCCAAGUCCGAGACUGGAGAUGCCUGGCGGUCAUGGCGCCGCGAGCCGAAGCCCGAGUCAAACACCGGGAACAAGGCCAAGCCGCGCACCAUGACCGUCCUCAAGCCUACCAAGUCGAUGACUCGGGUAAGCUCUGGGGCUGGCCAGCCUAGUGUUCGCUCACCGUCGGAAGGGUCGGUAAAAUCACCGGCUCCAAACCCCGUCGGUGGUGCUUCGGCAUUCGGGUGGCUAAACACCACCACCACCACCACCACCAACGCCAAGUGAAAGCUUGCGCGGUGGGUUUGAAAACCUGCGUCAUUUGCGUUUCGAUACCCUUCUUUAUGUCUUAGCGAGCGGGUCUGUUUCACCUCACUAUCUCAUCAAUAGCGAGGUUCUGCUUUUCAGGGGUAUGGAGCGGGCGCAUGGUUCUGAGUCUCCGAGGUCCUUUUCGUCGUGUCUUAUUCUUAGUUCCGCAGUGGCUGACAUUGCCACUCUUAUGACACGACAAUCAUAUCAAAAUUGACCUCACAUCUGAAAAUUUCCAUACCUAUUCUUUCUCUAACAAUCGUCUAUACUUUGACCCCGUAGACUCUUCACCACGAACCCAACUAAAUCAUAGAACCAACGACCGCCCCCUAAAUCUUCGAAAACACCCCCAAGGCCCCUAAAGCCCCCUUAGUCUCCUCCUUCGUCUCCUUCACCAACCCACUAAUCUCCUUGAACGCCUCAUGUCCCGCAUCUCCCAAAAUCUCAAACAACACACUCUCACUACUCGUCACGGUAGCUCCCGCAUCCCGCAACCUCGCCAACGCAAUCCCCCUCUCCUCCGCAUUGAUACUACUAACCCCAUCCACAAUGAGGUAAACCCUAUGUCCGCGCUCCAGCAGAUCCAGCGUCGUCUGUGUAAUGCAAAUGUGCGUCUCGAUGCCGACGAGGAUCACGUCGAGCGGGUCUUGCGCUUUCACGGGUAACUGCUUUUCGAUUUCGGGGGUUAUCAUGGAGAACAGGGUUUUGUCGACGUCGGCGCGGAUGUGCGGGCCGGUUAGAUUGGUGGCCAGUUCGGGGACUGUUGGGCCGAGUUUGGAGCGGGAUUGGGUUGAAAUGUAGGUUGGGAUUGAGAGGAUUUUUGCGGCGCGGACGAGUUUGUCGGUCGUUGAGACGCUGGUUGGUUGUUUUGGGGGUUAGAUUAUGGGGUUUAGGAUGGCGCG